UUAGGUUAACUGUUGAUGGUCUUCUUGUUUAUUUUCCAUAUGAUUACAUUUAUCCAGAACAGUAUGCAUAUAUGUUAGAAUUGAAACGUGCACUGGAUGCUAAGGGCCAUGGACUAUUAGAGAUGCCUUCUGGGACUGGAAAAACUGUAUCACUUUUGUCUCUGAUCGUAGCAUACAUGAUACAAAACCCUCAUGCCAUCAGGAAGUUAAUAUAUUGUUCUCGUACUGUGCCGGAAAUAGAGAAAGUGUUAGAAGAGCUAAAAAAUUUGUUUAAAUAUUAUGAAAAGAGCCAAGGUGAGAUGCCGAAUCUCACAGGACUUGUGCUAAGCUCUAGGAAAAAUUUGUGUAUUCAUCCAGAAGUGUCAAGAGAAAGAGAAGGAAAACUGGUGGAUGGCAAGUGCCACUCUUUGACAGCUAGUUAUAUUAGGGAUAGACAUGAACGAGAUAGCACUGUGCCUAUUUGCCAGUUCUAUGAAGGUUUCAACCGUGAAGGCAAAGAAUCUAUGUUGCCCUUUGGAGUGUAUACAAUGGAUGAUCUCAAACAGUAUGGAGCAGACCGGAAUUGGUGUCCAUAUUUCUUAGCAAGAUUUGCUAUAAUCCAUGCCGAAAUAGUUGUAUAUUCAUACCAUUAUCUUCUAGACCCAAAGAUUGCAGAAGUUGUAUCUAAAGAAUUGAACAAAGAAGCCGUGGUAGUGUUUGAUGAAGCACAUAACAUUGAUAACGUGUGUAUAGACUCCCUUAGUGUCAAGAUUACACGGAGAACUAUUGACAAGAGUACACAAGCUCUACAGGAAUUGGAAAAGACCGUGGCACAGAUUCGCGAAGAAGACGCCUUGCGACUGACAGAGGAGUACGAACGGCUGGUGGCCGGGCUGAGGGAGGCGGCGGCAGCGCGCGACGCGGAUGUGCUGCUGGCCAACCCCGUGCUGCCCGACGAGGUGCUCGACGAAGUGGUUCCGGGAAAUAUUAGAAAUGCAGAACACUUCCUGUGCUUCUUGAAAAGAUUCAUCGAAUAUCUCAAAACGCGACUGAGGAUACAACACGUGGUACAAGAGUCACCCGCAGGCUUUCUGAAGGACGUGUCGAGUCGUGUGUGCAUAGAGCGCAAGCCGCUGCGCUUCUGCGCGGCGCGGCUGUCGUCGCUGCUGCGCGCGCUGCAGGUGGCCGACCCGUCGCGCGUGGCCGCGCUCACGCUGGUCACGCAUCUGGCCACGCUCGUGGCCACCUACACCAAGGGGUUCACCAUCAUCAUCGAGCCCUUCGACGACAAAACGCCCACCGUCUCCAACCCUAUACUGCACUUCUCAUGCAUGGACUCGUCUAUAGCGAUGCGUCCAGUGUUCGCUCGGUUCCAAUCCGUGAUUAUAACGUCGGGGACCCUGUCCCCCCUCGACAUGUACCCCAAGAUCCUCGACUUCAACCCGGUCGUCUCCACCUCGUUCACGAUGACGCUCGCCAGGCCCUGUAUCUUGCCGAUGAUAGUGUCUAAAGGAAGUGACCAAGUAGCCAUUUCGUCUAAAUACGAAUCAAGAGAAGACGUUGCCGUUAUAAGGAACUAUGGACAGUUGUUGGUGGAGGUGGCCGCGUGCGUGCCGGACGGCGUGGUGUGCUUCUUCACGUCCUACAUGUACCUGGAGAGCGUGGUCGGCGCCUGGUACGACCAAGGGGUAGUAGCGAGCCUGCAGAGGCACAAACUGCUGUUCAUAGAAACACAAGACUCUGCGGAAACCAGCUUCGCUCUCGUUAAUUAUAUCAAGGCGUGCGAGAGCGGGCGCGGGGGGGUGCUGCUGUCGGUGGCGCGCGGGAAGGUGUCGGAGGGCGUGGACUUCGAGCACCACCUGGGCCGCGCCGUGCUCAUGUUCGGGAUCCCGUACGUGUUCACGCAGAGUCGCAUACUCAAGGCGAGGCUCGACUACCUGCGCGACCAGUUCCAGGUAAAC